AGGUUCGACACGACACCAUUGCUCCCGCCGAGGCAGCACGCGCCGGACGCUUGCCGGCUUUCAGAAAAAAAAAGCGAAUUUGUCGAUUCCAAAAAUUCAAAUUAGGAAUUGAAAAGCGAAUCGUGGGAAAAUUUAGUUUUAAUUUUUAAAGAUGGCGAAUUAUCAAGUGUUAUUAUUAUUGUUCGCUGUUGUGAUCGCAUCGGGAGCUUCAAAUACACAUAUAUUCGGCGGUCGGUGUUCCCGACGGGAUCCCAACGUGGACGCUUGCUUGCUACGCAGUUUCAACUCGCUCAUCGAGUAUAUGAAGGGCGGAGCACCCGAACUAGGAAUUGAAGAGUCAGAACCUAUCGUGAUCGAUGAGCUGUCAAUCGCACUGGGAGGUGGACCUGACGGCUACCGCGCCAGCUUCAAAGACAUCCACGCGACAGGAGCCUCCAACAUGACCAUCACUAACGUCAGGUCGGACCUGGAGACGCACCAGUUCCAGCUGACGCUGUGGGGGCCGCACAUCAGCGCCCGCGCGCGCUACCGCUCCUCCGGCGUGCUGCUACUCGUGCGGGCUUCAGGAGGCGGCGAGUACUGGGGGGAAUACGAGGGUGUAAAGGCUAAGGUAUAUUUCCGCGGCGAGCCGUUCACCCGCGACGGCCGCACCUACCUGAAGCUGCAGCAGCUGAAGCUCGACUUCUCCGUCAAAGACAUACAGAUGGGCGUCGAGAACUUGCAGAAUAGCAACGCUGUAUUAGAGGCAGCCCUGAACCUGUUCAUCAACACCAACGCCCAGGAGUUGCUGAAGGAGAUGAAGCCGGAGCUCAAGCGAGACCUGGCGGAGAAGAUGUCGCGCUUCCUCGACAACAUACUGCAGAAGAUACCCUAUGACGACUGGAUCGUAGACUAGGAUCAGAAUAGGUUAAUUUUUAAGUAAGGGAAAAAGAUAGGGUCGGCUGUCAUCAUUUUGAAAAAAAAAAUCGAAAAAUGCGUGGUCUGUGUUUUAUUCGUGGAUAGAUUUUUGGGAGCCGUUUUGCAAAAUGACAAAGAAAAAUUAUCUAAGAUUUUGGAAGUAAAAUCUCAUUUUACACCGCACUGUGUAGAAUCUACUCAAAUUAUAUUUAUGUCGAUGACAGCCCAUGUGCAGGUGCUAAAAUGACAAACUACACCAGUCCUUCUGUUUCUAAGAAGAAACUAGAAUAAUAAUUUAGUUCAUAAAGAAUUUCACACACCGGUGUUUGAUACUUUUAUUAUGAUAGAAAAUACGACUCUUAUUGCAAAACAUAUUUUCUAUAAUAAUAAUCUUAAAAUGUAGAUAUUAAGCUAUUUAUUUAGAGCUCCUGGUAGGAUAAGACUUAAUUCGACCUUUGGGUGACUACUGUAUUAUUAAUUUACAUUAAUUUGUACAACUGUAAUAAAGAAUUUAAUUUAAAA